AAACAGAUACGCCAGUGCGCUCUAAACCGCCAACGGAUUUACACACUCAUCGUCCGCGAGUUUAAGCGUCAGUUAACGAAAUGAUGCCGUCGUACACAGUCUCGAAUUUAUUUAUCUUUACUAUUAAUUAAACAAUUAAUUAAACGUGUCUGUGUUUCAUGUCAACUUAAAUUUAAAAAUUUGAAUUUUUAAAAAUCACUCAACAAACAGUCGCUCCGCCCAGUGAUUUAAAUAAAUAAAUUGUGCGUUCCAGACAAACUAUCGAUGAAGAUUCGUAAUGUCUAUUAAUUGGGCAAUGAUUUGUCAUUAUUUAAACACCAAUAGUUGCUCAAUGCAACACAUCAAUUUGAAGCCAUGAUCCAAUAACAAGAUCAGCGAGCUUAUAUUUUCAGUGCUGUGUUGUGUUUUAAUUAUAAUUUUUAAAUUUUUAUUUUAAAUUAUAAAUUCAUAUUUUUUUUUGUUUUAUUAAACCGAUAUUGAUAUUUUUAUAUCAAGUGUUUAUUUAUAUUUAUAAUUACAAGUGAUUUUGUUAUGGAAGAUACUGAGAUUCGGCUUACAAUGGAUACUUCUCAAGAUAUUCAUGGAGUAUGUCGAACAGAAGAUGACAGCAAAAGCAACAAAACCAUGCGGAAUAAAACGAUAUUCUCACCCGACACAAAUACAUGCAGAGAGUCUUCAAAGAGGACGUCAAAGAGCUGUAGGUGGAGCAGCUGGAGUAGCAGUAGCUGGAAGCUGAUACUGUUGAUCAACGUGAGUCUUUUAGCAACAGCAAACUCAGCAUUCUGUCCCAGUGGAUGUACCUGCGAUGACGAGGCACUGGUUGUCUCAUGUGUAGGUGUUAGUCUCGACGUUAUCCCCAUCGCACUUAAUCCGUCGACACAGAGGCUAGUAUUGAAAGAAAGUCGCAUUCGUAUGGUUGACGCAGCUGCAUUUCAAUUUUACGGUGAUCUAAAAAAUGUCGAUCUGUCUAGCAACCAUUUGUUCACUAUUCCGAACGGUAGUUUCGCAGCUCAGAAAAAUCUCGUUGAAUUGCAUUUGAAGCACAACAAAAUAUCAGCGUUGACGGAGAAAACCUUCCAAGGUUUGGUGUCACUGACGGUACUUAAUUUACGUGAUAAUUAUUUGGAGACGCUGACCAACGGAUUGUUUACGUCGCUGACGAAACUUGAGGAGCUGGAUCUGGGGCAGAAUAGAAUUUCGAAAGUUGAACCGGGUGCAUUUCAAAAGUUAGGGGCCCUUAGAGUUCUGUAUCUAGAUGACAACCAAUUGAAGUCAAUUCCUUCACCGGCACUGGCACCACUCAAUGCCCUCGCUGAGCUGCACAUUGGGUUAAAUGGGUUCUCAACACUUCCAGACGACGCGUUCAAAGGCCUAGAACGUCUUGCAGUAUUGGAUGUCAUGGAUGCGGGGCUGGAUAAUAUAAGCGAGGGCGCAUUUCGUGGACUUCUUUCUUUGCGUACCCUUAAACUCGGUGGCAACAAAUUACGUGAAGUGCCGACAAAACAGCUGUCUAUACUAAAUCGCCUUGAGGAAUUGAUCCUGGGACAAAAUUCCUUUACGAUGUUACGCUCGGGUGCAUUCGCAAGCCUGUCAAAUCUUAAAAAACUGGAUAUCUCUGGGGCUAAAUUACUGACAACAGUUGAACGCGGUGCGUUUGCCGAUAAUGGAAAUCUCGAAACGUUAAUCCUGAAAAGUAAUCGCAGACUAACGACUAUGGAAGACGGUGCACUGGCCGGUUUACCGAAUCUACGUCACUUAAUGCUACGGGAUAACGCUUUUACGAGUUUCCCCGAAUCUUUAGUAGCGUGGGGUGAAUUACGUCGACUGGAUUUGAGUGAAAAUCCCGUCGUUUGUGACUGUAAUCUUCUAUGGUUGGCUGAAGUUUUAGUGGCAAGAAAUUCAAGUCCUGUGAUUUGCGCAGAACCGAAUGAAUCCCGUGGUAAACCACUCAAGGGUAUGGAACCUGACGAAUUGGGAUGUGCCUUCUCAGAUCCACGCAAGCAAGCACUUAUAGCUACUGUGUGUGCCGCUGGUUUGGCUUUAUUUGCCGGAAUGGCUUUCUUCCUUUACUACCGCUGUCGUAAACGUGUACGCGAUGCACUGAAAGAUUACAAAUGGAAGAACCGCGCAAUAUCUCGCAAGGAACACGAGUACCAGAAAACAUUUUCCGACGAGGAAUACAUCGUCCGCACACACGGUGGUCAUCAUCAUCGUCAGCAUCCCCACCAGCAGCAGUUCCAACAUCAACAAUUCCAACACGCCCAGCAGCAACUGCAGCAUCCCCAUCAAAUCACCCCUGGCAUAAAACCGAUUCCCGUGACAGAACUGUAG